AUGGAUAAAAGUGUGAGAAAUACAGACAUAUGGCUUCGCUCUAAAAUCAAAAAAGAAGAAGAUCAAGUUGGUCCGGGUUAUUACUCAUUUAAGACAAAGGUAAUUCUCAAUAAAGAGAGUUUUAAUUAUGGGAAUAUCCCUUUUGGGACAGGAAUGGAAAAGAAUCAUCAAAUAGGGGAUCAAUCUUCAUUUAUUAAGAGAUAAUUACCUGGUCCAGGGUCUUAUAACUUGUCAGCUGAUUUACAACAUUUAACAAGGAAUAGGACUGGAGUGAUAGGCAACACAUCAAGCUUUAAGAGUAGAAGCCCCAAAAUUUCUUAUUUGACUUCGAUUUAAAAACAAGAGUAAAUGAAUUAGUCAACUUAAGACUAAAGAGAGUCUUAACUUGGUUUAGUUGGGGAAGUAAAGCAAAAAUAUGAGCGUAAAAGAAAUAUUGAUAAUGAGAGAUUUUCUACAAUUAGAAACAAAUUAGAGAAGAGUAUGAAUCAGAUAUAAAAGAUAGAAGGUGUAAAUGAAUUUAUUAGAGACAAGCAGUUAUCUCCAGCAUAUUUAAGAGAUGCAUCUUAAAAUAUAGCAGCUCAAAUAAUUUAUGCACCAGACGAUAUCUAUCAAACUACAAUAAUAAGCCGUGUUUAAGCAAAUUAAAUGAAAAAUGAGAUGAACUAGACAGUUUAGCAAUAAGUUCAAUUUGAAAAGCCUGCUACUAAGAAUAUCAGAUCAAAGAAAAUUUCUGGAGGUAAAUCACCAACGGUAAAUCAUUUCAAAAAUCUAUCAAUAAGCUAAUAAAGCAUAGAAAUGACAGAUUAUAAUACUUCAAUCGAUGGAGGAAAUGUUGGACCAGGGCUAUAUAAUCCUAAACAUUCUUUAGUUUUAAAAAACUCACCAAGUGCCACAUUUGGUCCACCAGGACUCUAAGAAGUUUUUAAGAAUCCCAAGGCUACAUCAAACAAUACUGUCUCAGUUAAAAAAUAGGUUGAAGAUUACUUGUAUAGUGUACUGGGGGAAGAAAAAGAAUAGGCCAAGUAAAAUAAAGCUGAUAGAUAAAUUAAGAGAUUAAACAACUCAUUUGAUAUUGUGCAUGCACAGAAUAAAUCAUCUUAAUUUGCCUCUAAUUCAAAUCGUACUAAUUUUGCUAAUUCCAUUACUCCAGGACCUGGUAGCUAUCUUUAGGAUUUCCCUCUUGAUAUGCAAACAAAUGUGAUGAAAAGAGUUAUUCAAUCAAAAGUCAACUUUGGUUCCUACUCAGAAAGAAAUACAGAUAUUUUUACAAGAAAUCCUAAAUUCCCAUUCAAUGAAUAAUCUUCUAAAAAUAAUCCAUCUACAGGCUACUACUCCUUAAAACAAUACUCUGAUUUUAAUAUGAUAAGUAGUCCUGGAAAAAUUUUACAGCAAUAGAGAACAUUAGAAAGUCAGAAUAAAGAAUUCAUGACAUCAAGUUAAGGAUUGAAAAAUGUACCGACUAUCUAAAUAGAAGUGAAUGACCCAAAAAGAGAUAGUUAGCUACUUCUAGGACCCCCUGGACCUGGAUACUAUGAUCCAAUUAUGAAAGAUGAAAGUAGAAAUAAGGGAUUACCCCGAAAGAAUAAAUCAGUAGGGUUCAAUUCUUAAACACCAAGAUUUAAAGUGAAGAAAUAGGAAGUUGAAUAAAACAAGAAUGACUCGCCAACAUUAAAGGCAUAGCUAUUAAUUGAUUAACUAUAAAAAUAGUUAAGUCACUAAGACAAGUAGAGUAGUAUGUUUUAAAGUAGAACUUCAAGAAUGUUUCCUGAGGUUUUCAUUAAAAAGUAAGAGGAAUAUAAUUUAGCUGAAUAGAAUCUGGUCAUAAAUCAGCAAAGAUAUUAGGAUAUUGAAGGCUAAAGGAAACAGCUUACUGACGAGCUGAAAUAGAAAAAUCCCAAUAAAUCCUUUAAUGGCAGUUCUUCUCCUAGAUUUAAACAUUAGAGUAAAUAAUAUCUAGUUUUGGCUAAUAAUAAAUGUCCAAUUUUGGGUACAGGUCAUGGAGAAAAUACUGUUGUUAUAGAAUUUCCUAAUAGAGAUUCAAGAGACCCACAACCAGAGUAAUUACCUUUCAAUUUAAAAGGGGGGACAGUAAGCUAUUUAGACAGAAUUGGACCAGGAACAUAUGAUCAUCAUGAUUCAAUAUCAAGCGAUAAGCAAAAAAGUUCAUAGAAAGGCACAUCUCCUUUUAAAAAAUCAAAAAGAUCUGAAAUGACUUAUUUGCAGUAGGCUCUUGUUGAGAAAGCAUAUACAGGUAGUAUUGGAGAUCACUAUAAUGAGUAGUCAUUUGUAAAGAAAAGUUUUAAUGCUGGCUUAAUUUAGCAAUCUAUAAAAAGCAUAAAACAGAAAGCUGAAUUAUGA